CCUUGACUUCUUCUAGAGUACGAAGAUCCGCCAGCUACUGCGCGGUAUUACCUUCUACUGAAUACCCGUAUCGCACCUUGAGUCAUGGACUAUCAUGACGAUCUCUACCACCCUUUCCCCUCAUUGGGCUUGGAGCUUGCUUCGCCGCCAGAAGGAAUUGCCCCACCGGAACUGUCGCACCUGAACGACGGACUGAUGCGGAGGCCGCCAGUCCACAGUAUCGCAGACGAACUACAAACAGACGGAGCGGGGAAUUUUGGAGAACAUGCUACUCUCCAAAGAUUCUACGAAGGCCCAAAGACAUGCAAAUGCUGUCCAAACUGGGUCGAACGUAAGCCUGAGGCUGUACCAGCCGAUGCCCAAGAAAAGUACGAUGGAGUCGCCAUACGGGUCUACAUGGGCAAGGACCAUCAGAAGGACACACUGGGUGGAUUGAAGACUACGACUGCACAAUUCAUCGUCAUUCAAAGUCCUAUCAUUCGGAAACACAUCGGGCCAAUUCUUGCUGAGGCUGGGAUGUUAGGUGAGGGUAAAGCCAAGAUCACCAUCUACAACCCGUUCAAGGUGCUGUUCUUCACUUCCGGCACUUUGAGAAAACUGUACCUAUCCUUCCCUCAAAUGAGUCAAGAAAGCUUUCACUUCAAGAUUCUCCUGGAUUUGUUCGACGAAUUCUUUCGCGAGAGCGUGCCCAAAAUUUUUGAUUUACACGAAAAACAGAUGAUCGACUGCGCAUACUUGUGGACAAUAUUUCCGAAAGGAAUAGUGAUUUACAGCAAGACUGAGGGGGAAGACGCUUUGUACGAACUCCUUGAAAUUCGCCUAUCCCCAGACCCUACUAUUCUUCUACUCGAAUGUCGUGUCGUCAAUUUUGACGGGACGAACUUCGGGUGGGAAGAGCGCACCCUAAGACAGCCAGUAUUCCAUGGCACUCACCGAAUCACUGAGUUGACUGCAUACCCUCUUGCCUUCCACCAUGACUCUUCGGCCAUUGAGAGGAGACUCAUCGCGCGCGGAAAAGCCUUCCUUGCCUAUCAGGGUAUGGCGCACAGAGAGUAUUCAGGCGACGCAAGACUUUGCGCCAACGAGGAUGACGAGGAUGAAGACGAUCAGCGACGGCGAAAAAGCGCAAAUGUCACCGGGCGAGUACUUGUAGACCCGUUUACCUACUACAAAUACAACCCAUACUGGACCCCUAGGGUCGAUCCCUUGGAGCCAUCAGCGAAAGAAUCCGAGCAGGCCGGCAAUUCAGAACAAAGUGAAUCUCGGACCCGUCUUCGGCCUUCCAAAGAAAAGCAGGACGUUAAUUCCGCACAAGUUGCAUCGAAGAAACUGUGGCUAUUACUCCUGAACCCUAAUGUUCCGGGAUUCUCGUUCCGCGAGAACAAAUGGUUCAUGCUCAAUAUCGAUCACCUCGAUGAGAUAACAUGGAAUGAUCGUGCAUACGAUCAUCUUAUUAUUGCAAAUGAACGCAAAGAGCUCCUGCUUACAUUUGUUCAACAACAUGAGGAUGCCAUGGGAGUCUCCCAGGAUGUUGUGGAGGGAAAGGGACAAGGCCUUGUCGUUCUGCUGAGCGGACCACCUGGUACUGGAAAAACCUUGACUGUGGAAGCAGUUGCGGACAGAGCAAGGAGACCGUUGCAUCGCGUGCAGGCUGAAAUGUUAGGAGGUACCCCUAUGACCAUUAGUCGCAAUCUCCGGCGAUUGUUCGAGUUAUGUGUGGAGUGGAACGCUGUAUUACUCCUCGAUGAAGCCGACGCAUUCCUUGGAAAACGCGAGGGAACAAUGAGCACACGCGAAGACACCGUUUGCGUCAUGUUGAGACUCAUUGAAUACUAUAGUGGCAUUCUGUUCCUUACUACUAACAUGCCAGAAUUUAUCGACCCUGCAUUUGCGUCCCGGAUGGAUAUACACCUAAUGCAUUCAACACUCUCCCAAGAGGCAAGGAGAGCAAUCUGGAACAACAUGUUGAAAUCCACGUUGGUGAGUGUGAAAGUAUCUGAGGAAGAGCUCACAGAUCUUGCUUCCUGGGAUCUCAAUGGCCGCGAGAUUAAAAAGGUCGUCAAGACAGGCAUGAAAUGGUGCUUCUUUAAAGGCAAGGUUUUGACAGCUCAGGGUUUACGUACUGCGAUAUCUGUGUCGGCACCGACUGCUGAGAAGUCUACUGUUGAGGACCAAGAAGAUAGAAGCUCAAAACGCCAGCGAAUUGAUGACUAAAAGCUAGCAGCAGGGUUUAAACAACACAUUCAAAUGUCACGAUAUUAUUCCUUCCCCAUGUUCCCCCUAUCACCAUCCCUAAUCUGAGUCGCUGUCAGAUAUAUCCUCAG